GAAUAAAUUGAACUUUUAUAACACAAUAGACAGUGAAUUUGUUUUCGACAAACAGGUGGUGCGUCAAGGCCAACUUGUGUUCGACAAACAACUGGAUAUGUCUCUAUAAAUAUGCAACCAUUUGCCUUGUACUUCAUCAUUGUGAUUUGCUUCAUGACGAGGGCCCUUAUCUUUUGGCGAUUUAAUUACUGUAGAGACUAGAGAACAAUGGGAAAGUGUACGAUUACGUUCAUGCUGUUUGUAUUGUUAAUUGUGUUUAUGAAAGCAUCCGAAUCGAAGCCGACGUUAAAACAAAACAUAUUAAAUAGGACAAGAGGUUUAGCGAAAGGGAUUGGAAACGGAAACGGCAGAUGUAAUGACCACGAUCAGUGUCCUGAUGGCUAUGCAUGCUUAUUGGCAGAGGGGAAAAAAGUAAAGAAAUGCCUUCAGUGUAACUGUUCGGAGACAAGCCAAUGUUAUCUUGAAAGGGAAACGACGUUCUGCAAUUGUUCAGGAACUGGGUUCACGGGACAAUAUUGUGAAACAUUGCUACCGCCAUGUCCAAUGGGAUGGUAUCAAAACAGAAACAGCUGUUACAUCUAUGACUGCACGGCGAAUGAUUGGCUGUCCGCUGUUUCGCACUGCCAGUCCCUUAGUCCGAGCGGAUAUCCGAACUCACAUAUUGUUGAGAUAACAGAUGAAGAGGAAAGCCAAGUUGCAUUUGCCAUUUCAAUUACAGGAUUCAGGUAAUUCAAACCAUCUUGUAUACUUGCAGUUUUAUAUAUAAAUUUAUAUCUUUUCCCUAUUCAGAUUUGCAAAAACUUGUUCUACAAAACGUUUGAUAAAUUUUAAUAUCACAAUUAUAAAACGGAACAACCAACAAAAUAGACCUAGAGCGGGGUUAAUAUAUAAACGUAAUGUCCUGGCUCCACUGACCAGCACUGCUAGUUACAGUAAAAAGUGAAGGUCUAGCUUAAAGUCAAUAUGCAUCGAAAUAUUACUACUGUUCGAAUAAAUGUUUGUAUGCAUGUUGCUCUAUAAGAAACAAUUUUCUGUAGCUUUAUCCAUUUAAUGUAC